AUGAAGAGGAGCGCCAGGGACGUGUAUCUACGCGUCACUCACGUCAAAUUAUCGCAUUCAUGCCGUGGUCUGGCUUCUACUUCAUCCGUUAAUAACACGGUCAAGACCUUCUCUCAGCAAUCCAAGGUUCCUCGUCUGCCCAUCCCAUCACUCGCUGAAUCAACAUCAAAAUAUCUGGCUUCCUUCGAGCCAUUCCACCCAAAGGGUUCAGAUCAAUACAAUAAUCUAAAUCAGAUCGUACAGGACUUUUGCAAGCCGGAUGGACUCGGCACUACUUUGCAAAGCAGACUCAUUGAAUACGAAAAAACACAACCUAACUCGUGGCUGGAAGAGAUUUGGUUAAAAUAUGCCUACCUGAUGUGGAGGUAUCCAAGCAUGAUCAAUGUGAAUUGGUGGUGCCAGUUCAGAGAUCAUCCAGGUCAACCGCCAGAACUACUAUCCAAACCACCACCAAAAGGUGUAUUAUCCGCCUUCCAAAUACAGAGAGCCGCUGGUCUCAUUCAAAACACACUCACAUUCAAGGAAUCUAUAGACAAUCAAACACUAUCAAUCGACUCUACAAAAGCUAAAGAUGGUUCACGAACACCAAUGUGCAUGAACCAAUAUAAGAAUCAAUUUGGAGCUACCAGAAUGCCUGGCGCUCCAAUAGAUGAAAUAUUGACUCAGUAUCCUGCCACUGGUAAACACAUUAUCGUCAUGUGUCGAGAUCAAAUGUAUCGUGUGGAUGUAUAUACUGCAAGUGGUGAACGCGUGCCUGUCAAGGAACUCAUGAGGCAGCUGUUUGUUGUCGGACAGCAAAGCUUGGACGACUCAUCGCAACCUCCUAUUGGUGUAUUGACUGGUGGUGAUCGAGAUGUGUGGUUCAAGGCAUACACGCAAUUAGUAGAAACAUCACCACAAAACAAGCAAAAUUUUGAAACUAUCAAGCAAGCUCUAUUUGUGCUAUGUCUCGAUGACUAUUCCACAUCACAAAACUUAGAUGCGUCUCAUCAUCAAAUCUUCCAUGGUAUGGAUGCACACAAUCGAUACUUUGACAAGGCUAUUGAAAUUGUGGUUGCUAAUUCUGGUCGUGCUGGUGUUAAUGGAGAGCACACACCUGCAGAUGCUGUAAUACCGGGUCGAUUCAUGGACUUUAUCUUGUCAAAUGAACCCGCUGCUGAUCCGGCCAAUGUUUCAUCUGCGGCUCUACCACCAAUCCAAAAGUUAGAAUGGCAGACGACUCCAUCAGUGAUGCAAGCUAUCGAGUCUGCUGGCAAGAUUUGUAAGGAAUUAAUUGACAACACUUCCAGUGUCUUGUUACAUUAUGAUAUCUAUGGAGGUCGUUAUAUCAAGGAAGUUGCCAAAACUGCUCCUGAUUCCUUUGUUCAAAUGGCACUACAACUAGCAUGGAGACGAAUGCAUCAAGACCCAACAGCUGUCUAUGAAUCUGCUUCUACUCGUUCCUUCCUACAUGGUAGGACAGAGACCAUACGAAGUCUGUCCAAAGAAUCAUGGCAGUUUGCUUGUAAUUUCGAUAAUGAUGAUGUGCUGUAUGCAGACAAACGCCGAGACUUUGCAACAGCCAUAGCCACACACCGUAAAUACCAAAAAGAUGCAUCAACCGGCAAUGGAAUUGAUCGUCAUUUCCUCGGUUUACGAGCCAUGAUGGACGCAUCUGAACAAUCAUCCUCACCACCCUUCUUCAGUGACCCAGCAUUCGCAUUAACAUCCAAAUAUCGUUUAUCAUCGUCAAACAUGUCGCCUGGUGACUGGUUUUAUGGUGGAUUUGGACCCGUGUAUGAAGAUGGAUAUGGAAUUAAUUAUGCUAUUGGGAAUGAUGGGAUCAAGUUUUCCAUUAGUGGGAAUUUGAAGUGUAGGGAGACUCGAGUUAGAGAGUUUAGGAGUACGCUGGAGAGGACUUUGACAGAUAUGAUGAUUUUGUUUCCUAAGAGGACCGAAGUAUGGGGCUUUGGAUGGCAGCGCGCGCACGCCCGUGAGCGCCAAGACCAGAUAUAUCUUGCUAUGAUGAAGAAUCUGUCUGAUCAGUAUAUUGAGAAGAAGGAUGUACUGAAGGAAAAGUAUAGUGGUGCCAAACCUAACAAGAAGGAAAAGUAG